AUGCAUGUUGCGUACUCUUUAGUAAGUAACAAUAACAAAAACGGAAGCAAACAGAAAAUGGAGGAAACAAAAAAGAGUUUGCUUGAUGAUUCUUUUACAAGUGCAAUGACACUAACCAAUUCAGGUGUGCCUCAAGUGCCUGACCGUUAUGUUCUUCCACCAGCGCAAAGGCCAGCUCUUGGUUCGAGCAUAGGAACUAGAGAUGAUACAACACUUCCUGUCAUUGAUCUCUCUCUUUUACACCAACCUUUGCUUAGAUCCCGUGCAAUCCAUGAGAUCAACAUGGCCUGCAAGGAGUUUGGUUUCUUUCAGGUUAUAAACCAUGGGAUACCAUCAUCAGUGGUUAAAGAUGCCUUAGAUGCAGCAACACAGUUCUUUGACUUACCUGUGGAGGAGAAGAUGCUUCUGGUGUCAUCAGACGUUCAUCAGCCAGUAAGAUAUGGCACAAGCAUCAACCAUUCAACAGAUAAAGUUCAUUACUGGAGAGAUUUCAUUAAGCAUUACUCACAUCCUCUAUCAAAGUGGAUCGAUAUGUGGCCAUCAAAUCCUCCAUGCUACAAGGAUAAGGUGGGUAAGUAUGCAGAAGCAACUCACUUGCUACAUAAGCAACUACUAGAAGCUAUCUCAGAAAGCCUAGGACUGGAGAAAAAUUACUUACAAGAACAGACUGAAGAAGGCUCACAAGUCAUAGCAGUGAACUGUUAUCCAGCAUGUCCUGAACCUGAAGUCACCUUGGGAAUGCCACCACACUCGGACUUUGGCUCGCUGACCAUCUUACUUCAGAGUAGCGAGGGACUCCAGAUAAUGGAUGCCAACAAGAACUGGGUAUGUGUGCCGUAUAUCGAAGGAGCUUUGAUCGUUCAGUUGGGAGAUCAAGUAGAAGUGAUGAGCAAUGGCAUAUACAAGAGUGUGAUUCAUCGUGUAACAGUGAACAAACAUGUCAAUAGGCUAUCUUUUGCAAGUCUUCACAGUCUACCUCUACACAAGAAGAUAAGUCCAGCACCUGAGCUACUCGAUGGAAACAAUGCAGCAGCCUACGGGGAAUUUAGUUUCAACGAUUUUCUUAACUACAUCUCGAGCAACAACGAUUUUCUACAGGAAAGAUUCAUCGAUACACUUAAGAAGAGCAGCUCCUGAAGAUUAUGUCAAACAAUUCAAGCUUACUAUAUAGUUUACAUAAAUUUCGUAGUCCAUAGUUGCAGCACUGUUGUAUCUACUCUAUGCAAAAAUCACCAAAGUUAUUGUAUAACAACAACCGAGUAAUUAUUUUCUGCAUGUAAAAAUAUACAUAAUCCGUUGUUUAAUAUAUCACAUAAAAUCAUAAUGAAAUUUCAUACUAUUUAAUUUCUUCUCCUCUCAAAGAAGACGGUGCUAAUCUUUAAAAAAUAUUGUUCAUAUUCAUAAGUAGAAAUUAAGAAACAAUUUAAUUUAUAAUGAUUCUGUUAGUUUAGCCAGCCAGACAUAUGUUGGAUGAACUCGUUUGAAAGAGUCAAGAAACAUCUGUGGUAAGAGUAUAUAUGUUUCCUGUUUCUUGCUGCUAUACUGGAUCUCAAUUGUUCUCACAAACUAUGUAUCCCUACAAGUCCUAAGGAGUCCAAUUAUAAACAACAGUAUUGCUGAUUAUCAACCAAAGUGUAUCGGAUUUGUCAAUAUGGUAGAAAAGCAGAUCGCACAAUAUAAUAAUCAUCAGAUACUUACAGAAAAUUAACAAGGAUGGUACAGUUUCCUCCGCCGACUAGUUAACGUCGCUCGUAAACUAUCCACUAAAGCUCUCUAACUACGGCCUUCGCCUCUCGAUUCCGGGGGCGAUUUCUUGUUGUUUUUUUCCUUGUUCUUCUAACCGUUUGUAGAUUUUUUUUCUAUUUUGAAGAUUAUCUUGAUCAGCUUCGGCUUUUCAUUUUUUGACCGUGACUAUUUUAUCUUUCUUCUCGCAGUUUAGCUCUUUUAACCACAGAUAAUUUACUGAUGUUUUAAAUUUUAACCAUUUAGAAAUUUUAAACGAACCAUCACUUCCAAAAUGGAAUCAAGGACUAAUUUAAUUUUACAUAGGCGAAAAAAUUAAC